UGGUGCACCGUAGCGAAGCAAAGCGCGAGGAGGAUAUUCGCGCGCCUGCUUUCUCCCUCCUACAGUUGGUGUGUUUGGUUGCUUGGACAAUACUGUAUUAAUGUAGUGUAGGACAAACACACAUCUCUGUCUCUCUCUGUCACUGACUGUCCUUAGAGUUUCAGGGCCCUCUGCGCGUGUCUUUUCAAACCACACUGUCAGAAGACCAAAGACACUCACACCUGCCCAUGCUUGAAGCCUGCUGUGUGUAACGGAGACUGCAACGGACAUUUUUCUCGCACGGUCGCAUGCCCGCCCGGUGGCACACAUCAGGCUGAUGAUGAUAGGACCAGAGAGAUUUGGGCUCGUGGAGUUACCGCUGCGCCCAGUGGACGUCGACGGUUCACCACUCCUGGAGUUGGCGGGAGAGGAGCCGUGCGCAACGAGUGAUCAUCACGAGAUUGAGAGCCUGGUGAUAGCGUCGGUUGAGGUGCCGGUGACUGUAGAAUGCAGUCCGUUGGGAGAGAAGAUGCCGUUCCACCACGUCAGGUCUACACUGCUCUACACUGGAGGUCUCCUGAGCCGGACUCUGUCUGAGGGGAGCGAAGCCUUCCAACUCAACAGUAUAUCCACUGAAGAGCUAGGAGAGAUCCGGGAGGCGUUCCGGGUGCUGGACCGGGAUGGGAACGGGUUCAUCUCUAAGCAGGAGCUGGGCAUGGCUAUGAGGUCUCUGGGAUACAUGCCCAGUGAGGUGGAGCUGGCCAUCAUCAUGCAGAGACUGGACAUGGACGGUGAUGGCCAGGUGGACUUUGAAGAGUUUGUGACAAUACUGGGACCCAAACUUCUGUCGUCUGAGACCAGAGAAGGUUUCCUAGGAAGCACCAUCGAUAACAUCUUCUGGCAGUUUGACAUGCAGCAGAUGUCUCUGGACGAGCUGAAGCAGGUUCUGUUCCAUGCGUUCCAAGACCACCUGACGAUGAAGGACAUCGAGAACAUCAUCAUCAACGAAGAGGAGAGCCUCAAUGAGACAGGGAACUGCCUCGAGUACGAGGGAGUCCAUCCUAAGAAGAAGAACAGACAGACAUGCGUGAGGAAGAGUCUGAUCUGUGCCUUCGCCAUGGCUUUCAUUAUCAGCGUCAUGCUCAUCGCGGCCAAUCAGAUGCUGCGGAACGGCAUGGAGUAGCCAAUCACACUGUGAACCUGGGGAGUGGGCGGAACAGUUAUAUAACCUCACUUCCUCUCUUUGCAGUAAAAACAGGAAGGUAGGCCAGUCAAAAUCCAAACACCUCUGUGAAGGACAACAAUCUGUUCUUUUAAAUAAAGUUUGUUUUGAUUUAUAUCGUAAACCGUAAACAGACAUGAGGGUGCAAGGACUGAAGGACAACGAAGGAAAACGAAAAGCCAUUUUUUUUCAGUUAAAAUAAAAUAAAUCCAAACAAAGACAAAGCAAAGUCACUAGGAGGACUUGAUUAACAUAGAUAUACUGGAAGGGAUGCAAAGCAAUCUUUUUAUAUUUUGUGGGGAUUAUUCCUUCAUUUCUGUAUCAGAGAAGGCCAACCCUUUAAGAUUGCUUUUCUAAUCAACACCAAUCUAUUCAAUAUGCAGCAGGUGCUUUGAGCCAUUCCUGAAUUUUUGGUUCUGCAGUUCAUAUUACUUCAGGAAGGCAGUAUCCCUUGACUGAGGAUACUGCACUACUGUUUAAUGUUUUAAACUGUAUCUAAACAUGUUAAUCUGUUUAUUUAUUUUAUUCUUGUCUAUCUUAUAUUUAGAGUGUAUAUUUACUCAGUCACUCACCUGUGGACGUUCUACCAAUGUAUGUUUACACUGUAACAGAGGUGGUUUGCAACUUAAGGACAGACUUGUGUUAGCUCCCAGAGCGAACACCUAGGCUUUAGCUCAGCUGACUAACAUAGUCUUGAGUCACAUAGUCAACCUUCUACACCUGACAUUCACUCCCUCACAAUGUUCUUACAGUAUAGUCGACUGUCUGUCUGUCUGUCUGCACUGCAUGUGACUCAGUGGAUAUUUAAAGGCACUGUAUGUAUGUACAAUAUUUACCAUAUGUCGUAUCACUCUACGUGUCCAUAAGGUGGUGUGCUGUGUAUGUGUGUGCUAGACUGUCUAUGCUUGGACAAGGUUGCUGUCUGGUGACUAAGGAAAGAACUUCACCCAAAUGCUUGGAACUUGAACCACGGAUAAUACAGUUGUGGUCUAAAAUGUCGUUGACCAGGCCAAUUAAGAUUGCUUUUCAUUUUUGUGUUUUUCCCUUUUGCCCUCGUUCACUCCCCUUCACAAAUCUGAUAGGACUAGAUGGAUGAAAGCAUAUGGUGGAAACUCCAACACCUAUCCAACCUGAAGGCCUUGUGGAGCUUUUUCUUUACAGCUACUGUACCUAUCCAGGGCCCAUAUUCAUGAAGCAUCUCAGAUUAGGAGUGCUGAUCUCGGAUCAGUUUUUUCUUUUAGAUCACAAUGAAAAAGAAGAUUACAUGGACGGGAUGGCGCUAAUCCUAGAUCAGUACUCAUACACUGAGACACUUGAUACAUACAGCCUCUGAAAUCCACAUACUGUACACACUGUAACGUGUUCAAGAGUCAGAGUAGUUUACAGAGGUCGUUCAUCAAAUAUUUUCACUUUCAAUAUCUCAUGUGCAGGCUACUAUAAUGUAUUUAUGUUCUUGGCCAUGCAGUGUAGUACAUCACACACAAAAAUCACCUCGCUCUCUCAAAUAUCUUAAUAUAUUUAUAAGUGAUUGCAAAGGGCCAUUGGUCCAUUAGUUUAUUAUGAAUCCAUUAUGGUCGCUGACACCCGCAUCUAAUCGUAAUGUGUAGAUUAGUCAUAGUUUUACUAUUGUAAAUGUUUCUGUCAUAUCUUUUCCAACCUGGUAAAGUGGAUGUAAGGAAAGUGGUCUAUUGUUUGAGAAGAUUUCUAUCACCGAGUUUCUAUAUCUAGAUUCUAUAGUUUCAUGUCAUCCAUGUCCCUACUGGGACUGAGGGCAAGUUUAUAACCAGCACUGGUGGUUUGGAGAGCUGUGGUUUUGAGAUGAUAUAAAUGUCUAAAAACAUGUUUAUAGACUGUACAGAAAUCUAAACACAAAUACAUAUAUAACCUUGGCAUGCUGCUUGGAUGAAGAGAGGAAGAAAGAAAAAUAGCAAUAUUAUUGAUGGUAACAUGUAAAUAAAGAUAUGUAGUCUGUAAAAACCUAAUCAACCUGUGUUUAUGCAAUCAAAUCAUUUGUUUAUAGAAACAAAAAUCAGUUCUGUUUUUCUAAUGAACAACUUGGCCACUGUGUGGCAGCAGUGAGC